AUGUGGAGCAGGGAGAGCGCUUCUCUACUUCUCAUCUGCCUGGCGCUCACAGCUCUCUGGAAAACCAGAUCAGUGAAUGCCGACGCCGCAUCUGAUGCCAACAUCACCCUGUUCACACGGAUCCUGGACAGACUGCUGGAUGGAUAUGAUAACCGUCUACGGCCUGGUCUUGGGGACAGGGUAACUGAAGUGAAGACAAACAUCUACGUCACCAGCUUUGGACCAGUUUCAGACACAGACAUGGAAUACACCAUAGAUGUUUUCUUCCGGCAAACCUGGAAGGACGAGAGGUUGACAUUUCAUGGACCAAUGAAUAUUCUGCCCCUCAACAACCUGAUGGCAAGUAAAAUCUGGACCCCGGACACCUUCUUCCACAAUGGGAAAAAGUCUGUGGCUCAUAACAUGACCAUGCCUAAUAAACUGUUGAGGAUCAAAGAUGACGGGACACUGCUGUACACCAUGAGGUUAACUGUGCAUGCAGAGUGCCCAAUGCAUCUGGAGGAUUUCCCCAUGGACUUUCAUUCCUGUCCACUAAAAUUUGGCAGCUAUGCUUACACAAUCUCAGAAGUGACUUACGCUUGGACUCGGAAUGCCUCGGACUCUGUGGUGGUGGAAGGAGAGAGCUCCCGCCUGAACCAGUAUGACCUGCUCGGGCAAACAGUCGGACGAGAAACUAUUAAAUCAAGUACAGGUGAAUACACAGUGAUGACAGCUCAUUUCCAUCUGAAGAGGAAGAUUGGUUAUUUUGUCAUCCAGACGUACCUCCCAUGCAUCAUGACCGUCAUUCUCUCCCAAGUGUCUUUCUGGUUGAAUCGAGAAUCAGUGCCAGCCAGGACUGUAUUUGGUGUGACCACUGUUCUCACGAUGACAACUCUGAGCAUAAGCGCUAGAAAUUCCCUUCCCAAGGUGGCCUAUGCUACAGCCAUGGACUGGUUCAUUGCCGUCUGCUACGCCUUUGUCUUCUCCGCUCUGAUUGAGUUUGCCACCGUCAAUUACUUCACGAAGCGCGGCUGGGCUUGGGAUGGAAAGAGUGUUGUGACUGAGAAGAAAAAAGAGAGGGCGUCUGUCGUCAAGAAGAAUAACGCCUAUGCUGUAGCGGUGGCAAACUAUGCGCCUAAUAUCACCAAGGACUCCAGCACACUUCCAACUAUUGCCAAAGGUGGAACAUUGGACCCCAACAAACCCAAAGCAGACGGCAAAGCCCAAGAUAGCAAGAAGACUUUUAACAGCGUCAGUAAAAUUGACAGGAUGUCACGGAUUUUGUUUCCGGUUCUCUUUGGCAGCUUCAACCUUGUCUACUGGGCCACCUACUUAAACAGAGAACCUGUUAUAAAGGACAUGGUCCCCUCUACUUAG